UUUCAACGUCUCGGCAUGGAACCAUUUGGAGAUAGAGCGUCCCAGCUGCAUCACGUGCUAGUCAUGGCCAUGAAGAAGCGCUACGUGAAGCGCAUAGUGCGUAAAGUGAUAUUCCUAGUGCUCAUAGUCGCCUUCAUCUCCUUGGUAACCACUAUGAUCGUGGAGAAGCGUCUGGGUGGCACCAAAUCAUCGGAUGAGGCCGACGAAAGCAAUCUGGAUCCCAACGGAGAUGCAAUAACACCUGAAUUCAGAGCAGCCAAUGUGCCACCGACACGUCGCCCACCUCGUCCUCCCUUCCAGGAUCGCAAUGCGGUGCGACAGGAGCCGAGGGUGGAACCAGCACAGAAACAGGUACACAUUCAUAUGUUCACGCUGCCAUCGCCGCAAGGUGAACGGAAGGACUGGAACGACCUCGAGGCCAUCGCAGCUGACAAGUUACGUUCCGGUCUUGGAGAGCAUGGUCUUCCUGCCAAGAUUGAAGAUCCCGCCGAGCAGGAGCUGGAACAACAACUCUACCGGAAGAACGGCUUCAAUGGGCUGCUCUCAGACAAGAUCUCAGUCAAUCGCUCAGUGCCCGAUGUUCGCAAGGAGGAAUGCAAAACACGACAAUAUCUCGCCAAGCUCCCCAGCGUCAGCGUGGUCAUCAUCUUCUACAAUGAACACUUUAAGACUCUACUCCGCACAGUCUACAGUAUUAUCAAUCGCAGUCCGGCGGAGUUGCUCAAGCAAAUUGUGCUCGUGGAUGAUGGCAGCGAGUGGGAGUCGCUUAAGCAACAGUUGGAUGACUUCGUCUCCCUACACUGGCCAAAACUCGUUGACGUGGUGCACAACCCCGAACGACGUGGCUUGAUUGGAGCCCGUUUGGCGGGUGCUAAGGUCGCCACCGCUGAGGUCAUGGUUUUCUUUGACUCCCACAUUGAGGUCAACUACAAUUGGCUUCCCCCGCUAUUGGAGCCCAUUGUCAUCAACAAUAAAAUAUCGACUUGCCCCAUUGUAGAUAUCAUUGACCACAACAACUUUGCCUACAAUGGAGGAUAUCAGGAGGGAACCCGAGGCGGCUUCGACUGGCGCUUCUUCUAUAAACAGCUGCCAGUGUUGCCAGAGGACAGUGUGGACAAAUCCCUGCCAUAUCGCAGUCCUGUUAUGAUGGGAGGCCUGUUUGCCAUCAACACAGAGUUCUUUUGGGAUCUGGGUGGGUACGAUGAUGAACUCGAUAUUUGGGGAGGUGAGCAAUACGAGCUGAGCUUUAAAAUCUGGAUGUGUGGAGGCAUGUUGUUGGAUGUACCCUGUUCCCGUGUGGCCCACAUAUUCCGUGGUCCCAUGGAUCCACGUCCCAAUCCGCGUAACUACAACUUUGUGGCAAGGAAUCACAAGCGUGUGGCUGAGGUUUGGAUGGAUGAGUACAAGGAAUACGUCUACACAAGAGAUCCCGAGACCUAUGACAAUAUUGAUGCUGGAGAUUUAAGUCGACAACGUGCGAUUCGUGAGAGAUUGAAGUGCAAAUCCUUUGACUGGUACAUGAAAGAAGUUGCACCCGACUUUCUAGUGAAGUUCCCUCCAGUCGAGCCGCCUUCGUAUGCAUCUGGCGCCAUUCAGAGUCUGGGCUAUCCGGAGUACUGCAUUGAUGCCAUGAACUUGCCUGUCAGCAAUCCUGUGGGUCUAUAUUUCUGUGCCGAGAAUUUAACAUUCCCCCAGGCAAAUCAAAAUUGGAUUCUCACCGCGGAUCGCGAACUGCGUCGCACUGGCGAUGGCGAGUGUCUGGAUGUUCAGGAUUCACACGCCAAUGCCACUGUCUGGAUGUGGGACUGUCAUAAUCAAGGUGGAAAUCAAUUCUGGUAUUACGAUCGCCAGCAUAAAUGGAUCGUCCAUGGGAUGGGCAACACUCGCUGCCUGGAGGCCAUUAUCGAAAACAACGUGGCAGCCGUUUUUACCAAUGAAUGCCAGGUGAACAACGAUCGACAACGCUGGACAUUUGGCGUCAUCAAUAACGAGUUGUUAGAUCGUUUCUUUGACAAUAUCUAGGAGGAAUCUAGGCAUUAUUCUAGAUCGGAUCGGUUGGACUUACAUAAACUUCUCAAUAUAACUUAAUCUUAUUUUAUUGUAAUCUCUUAUUGCAGGCACUCUUAAUAAAAUUAAAUGCUUUGUGCUUGCUUUUGACAUGAGUAGCCUUUAACAACCCUCUAAAAUUAAAUAUUUUAUAAAUUUA